UUCAAGGUUAAUUAAGAGUAAUGCAUGAGUAAUGAUAAUUUUAAAAAUAUACAAGGUGUAAUUAUUAUAUCUGACCAAACUCUGAGGGGUGAAUAUGUAGGUCAUACUGAACAACUUUUACUAUAGCCAACCCUGAAAUCACGAAAAAGAAAUCGCCUGUUUAAUAGAAAACAUUGACUGUACUGAUUCACCGCAAUAUGUAUGAGACAGCAGAUUUUUUUUCACGAUUUCGGGGCUGGUCCCAUAGUAUAAGUUGUUAAGUAUGACCUAUAUUCACCCCUCAGAGUUUGGUCAGAGAUAACAAUUUCGCCUUGUAUAAAAUGAUAAUACGAAGUCAAACUAAUGUAAUAUUCUUUUUUCAGACCCCUUACGGAACUGUGAAAAAAAGACAUUGGGAAGCGGUAUUAGAGGAAGAGAAUUAUCGUCAGCCUAACUUAAAAAUCGCUUACAAGUUAACACCAGCGCAUUUGAAACCGAAGGGUUUUCAAGUAAUGAAUGUUCCUCUUGCAACUGAAGUGUUUGGUCACGAAAUUUCGGUCGCCAUGGCUCACUAUCAACCCUAUUGCGAGGAAUUGAAGGAUUCAACUGCAACACAAAAAUUUAUUGAUCUUGUAUUCAAUUUGAUACAAGCUAUGUCUUCGCGUAUACCAAGAGAUGCUCUGUACGUGAAUGAAAAUUGCAGACGAAGAAAGGCAAUCCAGGAAUUUUUAGAAUUCCUUGCAGACUGGGAAAAGCUCGAAAAAAAAAUACCUGUGUCAAGGAGCACGUUAACUGGAUUAAAAGUAACUUUACGGGCAACACUUGAAAUUUUGGAUAUGCUGAAUGUUGCAUGUGAUUACAAGUAUUUGAUGACAGCAACCCUAUCUCAAGAUCCGUUGGAGAGAUUUUUCUCCGUCAUGAGAUAUUCGUGUGGAGGAAACGAUCACCCUGAUCCCAAAAUGUUUGCACAAGUUUACCGAUUGGCGUCUUGUUUUUCCCUAAUACGCCCUCCGAAAGGUUGUAACGUUUCCGGCAAAGAUUUGCUGAAGAACUUACUAGGAGCAAAGGAUAUGGUAACUGGUUCAAACGAGGCUAAGCAAGCAUGGCUGGAAAGCCUCGACCAUAUACUAGAUAAUGGUGAACCAUUGAUUGAUGGUUAUGAAGACCAUGAUUACAACGAGGCUGUAAACCAGUGACGCGGUUCAGUCUUACAUUGCUGGGUACAUCGUCCGCAAAUUGCGAAAAAUCGUAAAAUGCAAUAAUUGUUUAAAACUCAUACAAAUGAGUCCUAAUGAGGGAAAACUGUUAGUGAGAAACGACGUAAUCGAUAAAAUGGAUUUAUACGGCGGGUUAAUUUAUGCUAGUGACGAUCUAUUCAAUCUGACCAAAAUGAUAGAGAAAUGUAUGUUAAGAGUAAUAAGCAAAGCUUUAACCAAUAUGGAGACGAUCAGUGAAAUUACGCAAGAAUGACUAAAAGGAGCAUUGAUAAAAGUUGGAUGUGUCGACCAUUUCAAACAUAUAUUAAAAAAUGUUAUCGAUAUGUACGUAGUUAUGCGAGCCCACUUUCUGGCAAAAUAUAAAAAUAAACGUUACGCCGCAGCCAAAACCAAAACUAAAAUGAAUAGGAUAAAUGCCAAGUUAUUGUCUUAAUUACUAAUAGUUCGCCCCGAACUAAGAACUCGCAUUCGCUGAAAACUACCGCGCAGCGCGCACACUCAGGUUUUGAUUUCCAACUCAAUCUCACUAGUGAUACUUAGGUAAGUAAUACUUUAUAUACGAGAUUACCGCCAUGUGGGAUGUUGACUCGACGAUCAUUGUUGCGAUAGUCGUCUCAGCGGACGGUCUCAUAGCGAAGAGUCUCGACCAACACCUAGAGACUGGAUCAAGGGUCAGAUGCAGGCAAAUUGUGACAAAACAUUCGCUGAUGUUAACAAGAAAUAACUCAAAAUGUAGUCAAUAUGAUGGGUGCUGAGAAAGGGGCGGCUACAGGGCCUGGGGCCUAGGGCGGCAAAGACUGCAAAUCCGCCACUACAUUAUACAUAUAUAAAAAUGUGUUCGGGUGUUUUUUUUUGUUUUGUGUUUUUAUAUUUUACUUUUAUAUUAAUAUUAAAAACGAAAAACAAAAAAGAGCCUUUUAUUUCUCGCCGGUAAAACAAACACAAUAUUAUAAACUUAAAUUUACAUUAGGUUUAGUAUUACAAUAAUAUUUAAUAUUCCUCAAAUCAAUGUUCUAUUAUGCUUGGUUAUGUAAUAAGUAGUAAGUAAUUAUAUUUUUUUCUUGUAAUUUAUUCUGCAACAACCCCUCCUGUGAGGGUGAAGGCCUCCUCCAGUGAUGCUGGUCAUCACAAUUUCUGUUCUCUAUCUUUUUCAACUUACAUAUGUAUAUCAAUAUUAAUUUAUAUAUUGGUAUUAAAUACCUACAAAUACAAAUAAUAAAAAGCUAAUAAAUACUCUUAUCGGGAUUCGAACCCGCGACCUCCUGCUUCAUAAGCGGGGUCACUACCGACAAGGCUAAAAGACCGUCAAAAAUUGGUUCGCGAUGCACAGUGGCGCCGCGGCGCGGCCUAUUUAAUGUUUUUGAGGGACACUUUUUAAUACAUGAAGAUUGUUUUCCUCAUCUCUACCU